AUGCGCAGGUGUGAAGGUGAAUCAGUAUCGGAUCGUCCUGAAAGCGAAACAAGAAUACCAGGCGAGCAGAGAUGUAUGGAAGUAAGGAUUGCCCGAGCGGCGGGAGGUCUCGGUCUCAGUAUAGCUGGAGGCAGAGGAUCUACGCCCUACAUCGGUGAUGACGAAGGCAUCUUCAUAUCGCGGGUCACGCCUAGUGGUCCAGCUUACCAGGCUGGACUUAGGGUUGGUGAUAAAGUACUAUCCGUUAACGGUACGUCUGUUAUUGAAGUAGACCAUUACUACGCCGUGGAAGUUCUAAAGGCAAGUGGAGCCACACUCACGUUAGUUGUCACCAGGGAGUCUCCUACGUCGACGAGAACGCAUAGCCGUGCACCGAGUGGAGCGAGCCAUCACUCAAUAUCUACAGCCGAUACAGUAUCAACUCUCGAGAAUGGACAGAUACUAACCGGUCGUGGUAUACCAACGAAGCAGUUAAUCAUCACCAAUCAGUAUGCACAAGAGUUGGAGCCGGAACAGAAGGACCAAUUGCAGUUUACGAGUCCGAUUAUAUCGUCAUCACCUAUUCCUUCACCCACUCCAGCCACUUAUCACCGACUUGAAGCUUCACCACCUCCCGCUACGCAACCUUAUAUACCGCCGGAGAUGACAGUGACGCUAUUUAUGUCUCUCGGAUAUCCCCACAGGGGGGCAGCCGCUAAGGACGGAAAGAUGGCUGUCGGAGAUAAAGUUGUGUCGAUAAAUGGUGUUGACAUGGAGAACGCUUCGCACGAAGCGGUUGUGGCGUUGCUAACGGGUCACGAGAGAUUCGUCAGACUUGUUCUUCAACGUAGUAUCACUCCUGAACAAGCGGACGCCCUAGCCAGGAAAUCGACGUCUGAAGAUGUGAGAGAGCACAAAACAAGUCUCACCAAUUUGAAUUCGAAUAAACCAAUUGCAAAUCACGUAUCACAUAACCACACAGCCCCACGAGUUACGACACAGAUUGCCCCACAGAUUGCCCCACAGAUUGCCCCACAGAUUGCCCCACAAAUUGCUCCACAAAUCGCUCCAAAAGCCCCACUAAAACUUAACAUACAGCCACAAAAUAUCCCGCCCCAACCAGCGCCAAGGAAACUUAGUCAAACCAACGGAACGGCGGAAAGGAAGCCAACUAACAGUGCGAGCACGCCUCUAACGCCCGCCGGUAGAUUGCACGGAUCUAACGACGAUGUCUUCGACGACAUACAGCCGGCGCGGCCGAUCACGAACGAGGAGUUCCAAGCGAUGAUCCCGGCUCACUUCCUGGGCGGGCCUCGGGCUCCGGCCCCGCCUGCUCAGGGCCUGCGCAUCACCGUGGAGCGGCCUCAGGCCGAAGUGCUUCUGCCUCCCGCGCCCUCCGCCCUCGGCCGCGUCACUGAGACCAUCACCAAGUCCACCUUCACCGAGACGACGGUCACCCGGGUCACAGAUAACCACCUAGCGACGCCCUUGAUCAUAGAAGACGUGACGUUGGUUAAAGAGGGUGGUUCACUAGGCUUCAGUAUUAUUGGAGGGACAGAUCACUCGUGCGUUCCGUUUGGCGCUAAGGAACCUGGAAUAUUUAUAUCACAUGUGGUUCCAGGAGGUGUAGCAGCUCGUUCGGGCAAGCUUCGUAUGGGCGAUCGCUUGCUUAAAGUCAACGGAAACGAUCUCGCCGGUGCAUCGCAUAGAGAUGCAGUUCAACUUUUAUUGCAGCCCGGGAACACACUCGCGUUAUCUGUGAGACACGACCCAUUGCCACCCGGAUUCCAGGACCUAACAAUAGUAAAGCAAGAAGGCGAAAAACUGGGUAUGCAUAUAAAGGGUGGUCUAAAUGGUCAACGAGGAAACCCCAACGACCCUAACGAUGAAGGAGUAUUCAUAUCUAAGAUAAAUAGCGGUGGAGCGGCCAGGAGAGACGGUAGACUAAAGGUGGGCAUGCGUUUGUUGGAAGUGAACGGCAUCUCGCUUUUGGGUGCGACUCACAAUGAAGCCGUGAACGCUCUACGCUCCGCUACAAACGCUCCUUUACACCUCGUAGUGUGCCACGGCUACUCACGACCUGAGAAAUAUACCACCGGUAGCGAGAGCGGGACAGCAGAGACGGGAGGUUCGCUGUCUCACUCUACGUCCAGCCUUGAUCGGGACGACACCCUUCAUCAACAACAGGACAACAAUGUGCAUCAAGAUGUUGUACAGUUUGAACAAGAAAAGCAAGUAGCUGAGAUGAGAGAAAAGUCUACACCAGAAAAGGUAAUGGACAUAGUGCACGCAGUGGAAAGUAUCGCACUGGACCCGGGUCCGCCCAUUUCUCCAGAACCUCACCAUAAAACAACUACAGUCGUAAUGUCCAAACACACGCUGCAGCCUCAGUCGUCUAGUUCGCAAGCGGCGCCGCUUUCGCCGCUCGCGGUGUUCACGGAACAAAAGGUGAAGACGCCUCCUCCGAUGGACAACGGUACUUCCGUGGAUCCGCCGCUUCGCCCGCCCCCUCCGCCUCAACCGCCCAAACAGAAACCACAAGUUCCCCGCAAACCGCAAAUCAAGCGAGUUAGUUUCACUCCGGAUUCAAAAGACGUACACGAUCUAACCUUGUCGACAAACGAACGAACGAACCCUCAACCCGUAACGCAUGAAUUGCAUGAACGCUCCGCGACAGAAUCGGAUACUAACGAUGCAUGCCCAGAAAAGACCCCAUUACUAACUCAGACCAAGGUCGAAGUCAAAACGAUAACCAACACUGUUCGUCCUGAAGAUUUUAUUAUUCCCCCUCCGCCAUUAUUUGCAACAAAAGUAAGUGAAAGUAAAUUAAUUCACGAUGAUGUUAACGACGUAGUCCCGCUAAUCGCUGUUGUCCCCGAGCGCAUCGUGCUUCCUCAACCGACUGUGGCAGAAACAACCGUGCAGUCCUCUAAUUCCACAAAUUCGCCAGAAACAGAAAACCCUCCGCCAAUCAACUAUACAGCUUAUCCACCCGUGCAAAUCAUCGAUAACAAUUUCCGUUCAACUCUUUUUUCUGAAGUGCCUUCACAACAAGUCUUCCGUAAUGAACUACCGUCAUUCGAAAGUGACGAACAUUAUAGUGAGUUGUCGGUUAGUCCCAGUGGCCAACCUGGUCCGCCCGAAUUACUGCACGCUCAAUAUAAAACUCUUCCUACUAUUUCGCAUGUACCUAAUUCACCUUGUUACUUACAUCCAACUAGAAGUUAUUUCGCUGAUCUGGCCAUUUCGAAUGAGAAUCAAUCUUUACGAGACUUGCGUGUUAAAAAUUUACCCUCUAUGGUGCACUCCACGACAUAUCCACCCUACGACCCAUAUCCAUCCUUAACUACGGUAGCUGGAACAUAUAAUCCAUACACAUGUAUCGUGCCGCCUCCUCAUAAAUCUUUAUCCCCUACAUUAGUCAGUUGUGUAGCGAAGGACAUAAACGUUAACUUAAACCAAAGUGUUCGUGAUGCGGGUAGUCGGCCCAAGAGUGCCCAGUCUGAGAGAAGAGUUCAUUUUGGCGAAGUGACGAGUGCUCUUGAAUCCGAUAUACCGAAAAGUUUGGAAUCUAUGCGAGAGGGAAGCCCUUCGCCCGCAUCCUUGAAACCCGCAUGGAGCAGCAAAAUCAUAUCCUUCGCCAUCGGCGAGACGUCGCCACCUCAAUCUGGUAAUUUUGUAAAAGCAUCUGUCAGCGAUAAGAAAAAGUUUUUUGAGAACGCCAUGGAAGAGAGCCAUAAAUCGUCACCAAAACCGGAGAAAGUGUUUACCUUUCUGUCGGCCGAUGAGGUAGAAAAAUUAAAGCAAGAAGAGGAGAGGAAAAUGGCGUCGUUGUCACGUUCCGAGAUGAGUUCUUGGUCCCCGGGGGAGGAGCGUAGCGGAGAAAGUGAACAUUCUGAUGAUGAGCCUUAUGAAAAUGGACACAGCGUUUCACUGGGCGGCGUGAGUCCAUCAGCAAAGUCCCAAAGGCGUAGGGCUGCGCGUGAGAACGCAGAACACGAAGACGCGGACGUACGUGCCGCACGACGAGCGGCUUGGAGAGCUGCACGUCUACGCUCUUUGGAAAAGGAUGCGAUUGAGUCACAAAAAGCAAUUAAAAGCAUGGUGGGCCCGGCGCAUGAGAUCAUUGGAGAAGUCCCUCCAAGGGACACCUCUCCUUCGGAGAAAUGGCCCCUGCCACGUAUCGCGUUACGUACAAAACCGGGCCAGAUACUGGCCGUCAAGGAGAAGGAAAAGUUAUUAGACGAGAGAAUAACGCUCCGCACCGAAGAAUACGUUUGUCCCACGACCGGCGAUACUAAGGUCCGAACCGUCGAGUACAUUGAGAAAGUCAUUGAGAAAGAGGUGGAGACAACACAAGAGAAAAUUAUAUCAUUGGAAUUGACGACGAGUCCAAGUAGUGAGACGGCACCCACAGAUCUAGAGGGUACGGUAAUAGGUCUCGGGGAAGGGGAAACGGAAGGAGACAACUCCCUCCAACCUGACAUAGUGCAGGUUGUAAACCCCUUGCUCGACGGCGGUGCAGGCCGCGUCACCGCCAUACCCGUGGGACCGGCACAGAGGCUCACAACCUACUCCGAACAUCAAUAG